AUGGCGGUCAAACAGGAAAGCUUACAUAAUGCUACGGAAGACUUUAUCCUCCCAAAGCCCAGGAAAUACUAUCGAGCUGCAAUUCAGACCGAGCAUUGGCAAUUGCGCUCCCUCAUAAGCUCCCCGCAGCAGAACUUAGUCUACUACCCUAGUGGAAACGAAAUCAUCCGGCUCGAUACCAAGAAGCAGGAACGCGAGAUCAUAACGACGCUAUCAUUUGCCCCAAGAUGUCUUACUGCCUCGAAGGACUGGUUGUGCUGUGGGGGGGAUGACGGAAAAUAUGUGUCUGUAUGUUUAGAUGACAACAAGAGGGCUGCGGCCGAAGGAGAUACAGAUCCUGAUGCUCGAUUGCCUCUGGAUCUGGAUCCAUCAAGUCGUACUACAGCCCGAGAAGCUUCGUCAAUUGGCUCGUUGUUCUCCUCGUCUCGUAGGCCCCGGGGGCCGCUUUCCUCCAAGGCUUCGAAAAUUGGCUUAGAGAUCGUCAACUGUGUUGAGCUUUGGUCGCCCAGUCCCAUUGCGUCAGAAGCCGCAUACGACAUACCGAUUGCUGUACUUUCCAACAAUGACCAUUCGGUCUUCAUUCUUGAUGUCGCUGAAUCCAAAAUCCUAGACCAAAUUGACUUGCCGGAUCCUGUGAACCGAGCUCUUCUAUCUCCAGAUGGCACUUUGCUUGUCUCAAUCUGUGACGAUCCUUAUCUCUACCUACAUACAAGGGUAAAGAGAAAAGCACAUUGGAAGGGUCAUAUCCCUGUGGAUGAAGGCUAUCAAUGGGAAAGUCAAGGUCGUCUCCGACUAGAAGGACAAAAGCAGUCUGACAAGUCUGAUAUGAGAGGAAGUUUUGCGGCAUGCUUCUCAAACUCGGGCAAGUACCUAGCUAUUGCAACACAAUACGGUGUCAUUUCAAUAUUUGAUACGGUGACACUUCUGGACGAAAAUGUCGAUUCAUUACUGAAAGUUUUCACAAGUUCGCGGCCAGGUCAAAGGGGUGGAGCAAUAAGGGCAAUGUCGUUCUCCCCAGGACCAUUCGACCUUCUUGUAUGGACCGAAUCGAGUGAGAGAAUAAUCAUUGCAGACCUUCGGAAUAUGUUCCUUACAAGACAGGUCAUCUCGCUCGAUUCACAUGCCGAAGGAGUCGAAAGAGCACUUGUGACAUCAAGACCGAAUGAUAGUGCAAUAGAUCCACGUCUCCGUAGUUUCCGCGCGGAGUCUCCUUCGAAUAGUACCACUCCGGAUUACCUGGGACUGGAUCUUGAAAGAAGGCAACUCAGACACUUGACUCGUGAGAUGUUAGACAGACAUCAAGCUCCCCUAACUACCGAAGAAUUAGAGGUGCUUCAGGCCCAUCGAAUCGCUCGACGUCAAAGGGAUGAGGCAAAUGAAGCACGAGAAAGUUCAGAGAGAGCAAGCUCAUCAAGAUUGAGCUUAUUGAGAGAUAUUCAAACUCUAACAAACACAAAUACAUCCCGACCUGCAGAGCGUCGGAUAUCAACAUCAAAUUUACCAGCCGCUCUUCGAGAAUUUGUUAAUCCAGAGCGAUCUGCGGCUUCCUUCAGAUCGUUCAUCAAUGAGAGAAAUCAAGACAGAGAACGGCGAUCUCAAGCUGAACAGGAGCCUAGGCGGCUUAAUUUGAUUCAGUUGGCCGCCGCAGAAAGUGCGAUUGAGCGGGAAACAUUGGGACCUGAUGCUCCAAGAAACAAUAACGACACAGCAUCCGCUCUCGAACGUCUGACUUUAACGCCGUCCCGUCAACCGCCUCGUGGAACCGACUCACCUAAUAAUCCUUGGGCAGAAAUAGACGCUCUCUACAGAGCUAGGUUCCCUUCGGAUCCCCCUCUUGACCGGUCUACGCGUUUGAGAAUCGAAAUAGAGGAUGAAGAUCGACGAGACUUUGCGCAACGAUUGAGGCAACCAUGGCGUCCCUCGGAUGACUUGAAUCAAACUGGAACGGAGUCUCGCGGCGGGCACAGUAGUGUGCUGAGGAGUAUGCUGCGGAAUGGGUCUCUUGAGACGAUGGGAUGCAGCUGGAGCCAGGAUGGCCGGAUACUGUAA